AUGGUAGAAAAGAAAGUGGGUUCAAUAAGAUACAAUCUGCGAAAAGUCACGUUACCAUUAAUAUCGGUGGUGAUAUUCCUUGAGGGCGUAAUUUGCCUUCUGUUACUCCAAAUUUUUACGUUAAUGAUAACACCAACCAAUCCACAAAGACGCCAACAUCUUCUUGAUUACACUAAACGGUUAUUUAUUGUUAUUUUGGCGACCAUCUUAGCCAUUGUUGCUCCCUCUGGUGUAAGGAUUACAAGAGAUAAGAAAACUAUUACUGAGGGAACAGUUUACAAAGAUGUUAAGAAAGGUAGAAUUUGUUCAAUAUUGCAGAAUCACUCGAUCUCGAUUUGUAACCAUCAAAUAUACACCGAUUGGAUCUUUUUAUGGUGGUUAGCAUAUACUUCAAAUUUGGGCGGUAACGUGUAUAUAAUGUUAAAGAAAUCUCUAGAGAAUAUCCCACUUCUAGGUUUUGGUAUGAAGAAUUUCGAUUUCAUAUUCAUGAGUAGGAAAUGGAUUAAUGAUAAGCUUACCUUGGAAAGACAAUUGGGUGCAUUAAAUGAGAAAUCUACAAGGCUCGAUAAUCCUAAUGAACAAGAUUUAAAGAAAGUCCAUGACGAACCGUACAAUUUGAUUUUAUUCCCUGAAGGGACUGUCUUGUCACCAACGACAAGGAGUAAGAGCUUGUCAUAUGGCCAAAAAAUUGGAAGAGAACCAUUUUCCACUGUUCUUUUACCACAUGAAACUGGACUGAGAUUUUCAUUACAAAAUUUGCAAUCCACUCUUGACAUUUUAUAUGACGUGACAAUUGGAUAUUCUGGCGUUAGACAAGACGAAUAUGGAGAGAAUGUGUAUGGGUUAAAAAGUAUAUUCCUCGAAGGGCAUUACCCUAAAAUGGUCGAUAUUCAUAUUAGAGCUUUUAAUAUAGAAGAUAUCCCGUUUCAUGACGAAACUAAGUUUUCAAAAUGGUUAUAUAAAGUUUGGGAAGAAAAAAAUAAGUUAUUAAAUGACUAUUAUAAACAAGGUUCCUUCGAUUUAGAUCCAACAAACACAGAUUCUGUCACAGAUUCAUUUAAAAUAAGCUCGUAUGAAUUCUUUGGUGUAUUAAUAUGCCCGAUACUAACAUUAAUACUUCUGGUCAAAUUCAUUGCUGGUUUUAUCUACUGA